GGGUGGGCGAAUGCUCACACCAUCAUCCCGACAACCGCGCGCUUACACCCGACGCGACGCGACGCGUCGCGGUCACUCUUUCUUCAAUAGCUUCAAUGCUCGCUCAGCAAAUAUCUCCCCAACUUUUAGCCUCUAGUACUGCUGCUGCUUAACCUAUCCGAAAUAUGAUGGAUUCCGACCCUCAAGAUCUUCAAGUUCACUUGAGCGAGUACUUGCAGAUCCUCGACCACUAUCAAUAUCAUGAAGAGAGGAUGCCGUAUUCCGAUCUGUCGAGGUUGAACAAGAGGGGUCGGGAUCGAAACAUCGAUAUAGAGUUGGAACUGCUGGACAGUAUUGCUCUCUGUCUCGCGACUGGACAGAGUCAUGAUGUCGUGGCCACAAUCUUUGACAAACGCCACGCCAUCACUAUCCUUCUAUCAAAAAACCAUGCGCCCUCCGUGACGGACCGUGAGCAAGCGUCCCUCUUCUUCAAUGCCCUUUCGGAUCCCAAAAACACUCGCGCCAUUAACAUCAUCACGGUUAUAGCAACUUAUGCCUGGAUGAAUCUGAACAAGAGGGUCAAGAAGGUGGCCGAGAGUCUGGGCGAUGUGCGGUUACGCAUUGAAGCUUUAAUGGAUGGAUAUAAAGCUGGACCACGUGAAAGUGAAUUCCAUUCAAGCGACCCUAUCCUAUCUUUGGAACUCGACGUUCGUCAAUCGCUGGAGCUUGUCAUUAACGUCUUGAGCGACAAAGUCACAGACUUUGACAUCAACUCCGGUGAUCGAAUGGACACUCUCCGAGGCCGAAAAGCCCACUCGUCAUCCCUCAUUUGCGGUGUUUCAACGACGACUUGCCAAGCUUGGGCAAUACUCCCGGGGCAUCCGACGCCUUUUUCGAUACCGCAACCGCCUGUCUGGACAGAUACCCCCGUUUCGAUGGGUAGAUUUCCCGCUCCAUGACCCUCCGCCUGUCAAGAUCUCCGAAUCUCCAGUGGAUGUCGCAUCUCGUUUGAUGGGAUUGGGUCCCGUGAAUCCAGAGCACCAGAAUUUCUUCUGGCAGCAUUAUCCCAUUCCCAUCGAACGCUGGAUUAGGACUGUGACACCUACUUUCCACGCGGAGGUGCGUUUGAUACUCUUUCUGGAUUCCAG